CUUGGAAAAUAUUUUCUGUUUGUUUAGGUGGGCACGGGUGCGCUGCUGCUGGGUGGUCUUUUUUCCGUGUGCAGGAAUUUCGAGGAAAAGCAUCGACUCAGCGAUCGAGAGGGGGAAAAACGGUACCCGCCUGCAUUUUCUCAGCUCUGACUCGAUGGUGGGAUAAAACGGAAAACAGUUGUUCUCACUGCCAGAAAGAUUACACUGGCUUCCGAAACAAUCCCAACCGUGCUUUUGGCAACCAUGUCGCUGGUCGUUUGAGCUUGCCUCUGCACUGUACUGGCCAACUAGCAACCCGCACACAAAUGGAUUUCUCUGAAGCGCUUAAAAUUCCUAUUGGAAAAUCACACGCCCCACUGCCUGGGGGUGGCAUCGUGAAUGGUGGAGCUCCGGGCAGCAGUGCCGGUGGGGGUGGUGUUGGUGGCGGCGGCGGCGGUGGUGCUGGCAGUGUACACCUUCCGGACCAGCAGGGAGCAGGGUACGUGACGGAGAAGCUGUACAUGCUGCUCCAGCUCUACCUGCAGAACAAGGGCUGGAACCCGUCGGUCGAGCUGCUGCAGUGCUUUGCCGAGCUGAAGGACACGCCGGUGCUGCCCAGCGCGGCCUACCUGCAGGCGCUGGCGAGCCGCGUCGCGCUGGACAACCAGGGCCGGCUGGUACUGCGCGAGUCCGGCAAGAUCGUGCUGCCGUACGAGCACUUCGCGAACGCGGUCAUGCUGAAGCACAUGUCCGGGCCGCACGGGCUGCACCUGAGCAUCGAGGCGACGGUCCGGGCCGUGAUGGACUCGUACACGAUCGGGCGCGACUGCUUCGGGAUGGAGAAGGAGUUCAUCGUCGAGGUGGUCCAGUCCUGCCCGAGCCCGGCCUGCCGCUACUACAAGGGCCAGCUGGGCGUCGGGUCGUACAUCGAUCCGAGCGCGUUCGGCGCCACUAGCGGCGCCACUGCCAGCUCGAGCGGUGCCGGAGCGGGCGGUGGAGGAGGAGCAGGAGGAGGAGGAGGAGGAGGUGGUGGAGUAGCACCACAGCCAACGCUAGCACCGCCGCCACCGCCGCCAGCGCCCGGGCACCUGAGCUCGGCGGAGUAUUUGACGCAUCUUCAGCAGCAGCUCGGCCAGCAGAGUGCCGGUCUGUUCGAGCUGGGAGUGGGCGAGCGCGAUCCGGCCAAGGCGCUGCUCGGGCAGGCGGCGAAGCACGCCAAGGCGACCGCAUCGCCCCAGCACCAGCAGCCGCACAUGAGCGCCGCACUGUUUCAGCAGCAGCAGCAGCAGCAGAGUCGUGCCAUCGUACAGCCGAAAGCUCCGCCACCGUUCGACGGGUUCAGCAAUCUAUCCGCGUUCGACAAGCAGCGGAUGCUGCAGCAUCUCCAGGACAAACAGAAGCAUUUCGAGGCGGGCCACGUGGCACCGUCGCACGUGGUCGGCACGGGCGUGCACGGUGCGUCCGUAAUGAGCAAGCAGCAGCAGCAACAGCAGGCAGCGACACUGCUACAUCAGCACCAAACGCAGGCCCUGCAGUCGUCGGCGGUGCCGCAUCACCAUCUACACCAUCCCUCGCAGCAGCAACAAGCACAACAGCCACCGUCGCAACUACCACCAUCGGUGGUAUCCUCCCAGCAACAGCAGCAGCAGCAACACGCACCCCCACCAACCAUGGUGGCACCACUGAUGCCGCCGAUGAUGAGCCAACCGCAGCAGCAGCAACAGCAACAACAACAGCAACAACAGCAGCAGCAGCAGCAGCUGGCCAUGCAAGCUCACCUGAGCCAGCCACCGCUGCAGACGGUCAACAUGGACACCGGGCACAAGCUGUCCGACUACAUGCGCGGUGCCGUCGAUCCGCACGAGUGCGUGUCGGCGGCCAGCAGCGAGCUGCUCGCGCUGCACAGCGGCGCCUGGAACCAGGACCGGGGCGCCGGCGACGGUGCCGCCAUCAGCCAGGACAAGAUCAUACGCGCGUUCAGCGAGCUGAUGCGCAACAUCGCCAAGAUGAAGACGUUCAUCCGGCCGAGCAUGUGCAAACCGUACGGCAAGCAGUCGGAAAGCUUGCAGAAAACACUGUUCGACACCAUACAGCUGCUGCAGAUGCUGCGCAACUGUCUGCCGGCACCACACAUACCCGUCUCCUCCUGGAAGGGUACCGAUGGGACAGGCGGCGGUGCCGAGACGGCAUUGAACUGAAGCGCAGAAGGACGAGCCUGCCCCUCCCUCCCCACCCAAAACCACCACCUUCUCAUUAUAAAUGUUUAAGCCAUAACUUCACUAGAGUAGCGGUUAGAAGAAGAAAAAAAAACCUUAAAGAAACUGCUUAACACGGCCACAGGGCUACAGGUUGAUGCUGUUAAAGGGUACGGAAAGCUCAAAAGGUGACCCAUUUUUAUGGUGGCCUCUCACUCUCUCUCUCGAAGAGCUAGAAGUAAUUUAAAUUCGCCAAAAUUCAAAACGCGCGCACAAACGUUUGUGAACAGCACAAAAUCCCCCCCCCCCCCCCCCCUUCUCGAAUGAGAUUUCGGACCGGUUGUAAACAAAAUUUCCCUCCUUAAAGGCUUUUACCACGCGGCCGUUUCUAAUCUCGCUGCAAUAUGCUUCCCAGCCCCGGUACGACUAAUUCGGUAAACGACCUGGUAAACCUGGCCGUCAUUAACUAUACUAUUAUGAUCAUUCAAUUAUCUAGUCUUUGAAAUGUGACCCACCACAGGUCGGUGAGGUGCAAACGAUUGCCAAAGAGUAUGGAGCGCGAAAGCGCCACACACACACACACACACGCGGACACAAACUCCUCUGCUUAGCGGGUAGUGUGUUUAUCCACAACUCCAGCCAUCCCUCUUCCUUAGCUUUAGUAAGAUAAGCGUCUUUAGCUACCUUAGCGUAAAAAAACGCCACUGGGCGAGAAGAAGGCGAGAGAAAGAGAGAGAGAAAGAAAAAAAGAAAGAGAGAGAGAGAGAGAGAGAGAGAGAGAGAGAGAGAGAAAGAACAUACAAUCGAAAAGCUAGUGAAAAUUGUCGGGCCAGUUUAGGGAAGAACCACGGCAAGGAGGCGAAUUGGCACCGAUAAAGGCACGUCUGCCAUCUUCCGGACACUAAUGUGAUUAUCCCUGCGCCUCUCUCGCUCUCUCUCUCUCUCUCUCGACGCCUCUCGGCCUGUUCAUGUGCAAUACACACACAAUUACUUUACUUACUUUAUCCCAUAAUCUCUUCUUGUAAGGGUGCCUCGAUCGGCUGCGCCCGCACCCUACUUGCUCAUGUGUGAUGAUUACAGUAAAAAUAAACUACUAAUUAAAAUUCAACAUUCAA